AUCUGCAGUGGAGAGAAAUGUAGCGAGUCCCAUUUUCCGUUGUCCCGUGAGCUGACGUUUCUCAGCUGCGUCGAGCAGACAGACAGACAGACUGAGUCGCUAAAGAGGAGAGGAGAACGGACGGUGGUGGUCUUGACUCUUUCCACUAAUCUAGUGACUGUGCUGUAACCCAAUCUGAUGUAAUGCGCAUUCCCGUAGAUCCCAGCGCCACGCGGAGGUUUAGCCCACCGUCCGGUAGCCUCCAGCCGGUCCCGGCUAAGAUGAACGAGCUCAACACACCGAACGGGACCGGGCAGCAAGACAGCACGUUGCCAAGGCUGCGCCUGCAGGAGAACCGGAGCAUGGCGGAGAUCAUAGCGGACCACCCGGCGGAACUGGUACGGACUGACAGCCCGAACUUCCUCUGCUCGGUGUUACCGUCUCACUGGCGCUGCAACAAGACGCUUCCCGUCGCCUUCAAGGUUGUUGGGUUGGGAGAGGUGACUGAUGGGACGGUCGUCACGGUGAUGGCGGGGAACGAUGAGAACUACUCGGCCGAGCUGAGGAAUGCGUCAGGAGUGAUGAAGAAUCAGGUGGCUCGCUUUAACGACCUGCGUUUCGUAGGCCGCAGCGGACGGGGAAAGAGCUUCACGCUGACCAUCACCGUCUUCACCAACCCUCCUCAAGUAGCGACGUACCAUCGAGCCAUUAAAGUCACCGUGGACGGACCCCGCGAGCCUCGGAGACAUCGUCAGAAGCUAGAGGAAUCUCCUAAAGCAGGGCUGUUCUCAGACCGUCUCAGUGAGCUGGAGAGGAUCAGACAGACAACCAUGAGGGUUGCCGUGCCGACACAGUCCCAACAACAGCCGCUCAACGCUGGACACAACUCCUUCAACCCCCAAGGGCAGACACAGAUACCAGACCCUCGCCAGUCCCAGUCGUCUCCUUCCUGGUCCUAUGAGCAGUCCUACCCGUCCUACCUGAGUCCCAUGACUUCCCCGUCUGUUCACUCCACCACGCCCCUCUCCUCCAGCCGAGCCACGGGCCUGCCCAACAUCACGGACCCGCCCCGUCGCCUGCCAGACCUCAGUCCGUUCCCAGGCCAGUUUGAUCGUCAGUUCCCGGGUCUCCCCUCUCUGACGGAGUCUCGUUUUUCCAGUCCCAGAAUGCACUACCCCGCCACCUUCACCUACACCCCUCCCGUCACCGCCGCCAUGUCGCUAGGCUCCGCCCACUACCACACCUACCUGCCACCUCCUUACCCCGGUUCAGCCCAAAGUCAGAGUGGACCCUUCCAAACCAGCAGUACUCCCUAUCUUUACUACGGGGCCUCCUCCGGGUCGUACCAGUUUUCCAUGGUUCCUGGGGGGGACCGCUCACCCUCCAGGGUGGUUCCUCCCUGCACAAGCGCCUCCACCGGCAGCUCCCUGGUUAACCCUAACCUGCCCAGCCAAGGUGGGGGCGAGGGGGCGGUGGAAGGGGAUGGGAGUCACAGUAACUCCCCUACUGUACUCAACAAUGCUGGGGGGCGCAUGGACGAAGCCGUCUGGAGACCUUACUGAGAAGGACAGAGGAGGAGGAGUUGGAAAAGAUGAAAGAGGCGGGAACAGGAGGAGGAGGAA